GCUCUAGUUUUUCCUCUGCCCUAGUUUCAGCUCCCCGGUUGUCUUGGAUUUACCUCUGCAGUGCUAGAGAGUUCUGGUGGAUGAGCUGUGCUGUUUUUCUGGAUAUGGGGAGAGAAACACAUUGGCUGUCCCCAGAAAUGGUAGACUGAUUGCCAUAACUUCCCUCCUUUAUCCAUCUCUUUCCGUCUUUCUCUCUUUUUCUUUCUCUUUACUUCUUUCUCUUUAUCCUCCUCUUUCUGGUUCCCUCACGCUCCCCUCAUGGGGCAGCUGGUCUCGUCUGCAGGCGAGCGGUCUGAAGCUCAGUCUGCUCUGGGCUCUCUCCUCUACAACGCCAUGCUAGAGCAAGGAGCCCUGCCAGACCUGGGUGUAGACCACUCCUUCCUCGGAAAUCCUGAGAGCAAGGAGUCCCAGGCCCACCUCCAGGCCCACCUCCAGGAGCUGCAGGGGCACAUGGGUAACCGGGCCCCGGCCUACCUGAAGGAGCUGAUUAGUCGACUGGUGGCAUUCUCAGAGGAGCCCCGGGUUGCCGCGCUGGUGGGCCUGGUGGUUUCCAUGGUGUUGGAGACGGCGUACGUGUCGUCGUCGCGGGGGUCGACCUCGAAGGCGAAGAGUCAGGUGGAGGAGAGGAGGGCGGAGCUGUGUGACAUGAUGGAGGAGUAUCUGAAGCGCUGCAGGAUGCACCUGAGCGAGAGAGAGAAGCUCCACCAGGACACCCUCCGUCUGGAGGGGCAGCUCAGCCUCCUGCUCACCCAGCUCAAGAGCUCCCUGCUCAGGGAGGGCUGCUCCUCCAGAGGCCUGAAGCACUGGGCCAGCGGGGCAGCCCUCCACACCCACAUGUUGGUGCACCUGGCUGGGCUGGAGCAGAAAGGAGAGCCCCUGGCUGCCCUGGCGGCCCUGGAGCAAUACCACGAGGACAUGGAGGAUCUGAUCCCUGCUUACAGGCGCUACAAGGCCGGCACAGUGUCAGUGGUGAAGUGUCACGGGGGGCUGUGUGUGGGAGGAGAUCCCCAGAGUGAGGGCUGUGUGACAGGUCUCACCCUGGUGGACAGAGAGACCGGCCAAAGUGUUUCUGUGACAGUCCCAGAGGACGUCCCGUACAGUCCGGACCUGGUCACUGCAGACCAGCUCACUCAGGCCUACCUGGACCUGCUGCUGUCCCCACAAGGCCCCCUGGUGGACCUGCACCGGUACUUCACCUCUGCCCGAGACCGACUGGGAACACUGGGAGCGGGGAGGGCAGGCUUGGAGGAGCAGCUGAGCAUCGUGGAAACAGAGCCGCUGGCGAGAGGGGAGCUGAACACACCUGUGAACACACACCUGUGAACACACACCUUUGAACACACCUGUGAACACACACCUGUGAACACACACGUGAACACACCUGUGAACACACACCUGUGAACACACACCUGUGAACACACCUUUGAACACACCUGUGAACACACACCUGUGAACACACACCUGUGAACACACACCUGUGAACACACACCUGUGAACACACCUGUGUCCUGCAGCACGUGUUCAGACACACACGGACGGACACUGAAAAUGUUCACACUAAAUGAAGAAGUUACACUUUUAAACCAUACUUUGACGGAAAGUGUAAGAAUCCCAAUAAAUAUACUUUAUAUCAAAGGGAAUAAU